UGUAUAGAGAUAUUAUAGAUAUAGAGGGAGAAAGUGGGUGGUUUUUGUAUUCGUCGGUCCUAAUUUUAUACUAUAUAAUUCGUCCCAAAGAGAGAGAUAUAAGCUUUUCUCCGGAUCGAAACAGCUAGAGAGAGAAAAUCUAGAGAGAGAGAGAGAGUUGAGGAGUGGUAGCCUGGUAGGGUUGUUGUUUUGAGUAAAAUCGCUGUUGUGCAGAUCGAUCUAGAGAGAGAAACAAAGAGAUGAGAGAGAUCAUAAGCAUUCACAUAGGGCAAGCUGGUAUUCAGGUCGGGAAUUCGUGUUGGGAGCUCUAUUGUCUCGAACAUGGAAUUCAUCCCGAUGGCAUGAUGCCUAGUGACAACACUGUGGGUGUUGCACAUGAUGCUUUUAAUACCUUCUUUAGUGAGACCGGUGCGGGCAAGCAUGUACCUAGAGCUAUAUUUGUUGACCUGGAACCAACCGUCAUUGAUGAAGUCAGGACAGGGACUUACCGCCAGCUUUUCCAUCCUGAACAGCUUAUUUCUGGAAAGGAAGAUGCUGCCAAUAAUUUUGCAAGAGGACACUAUACAGUGGGGAAGGAGAUUGUUGAUCUAUGUCUCGAUCGAGUGCGUAAGUUAGCUGACAACUGCACUGGAUUGCAAGGGUUUUUAGUUUUCAAUGCUGUUGGUGGUGGUACUGGUUCUGGUUUGGGGUCCUUGUUGUUGGAACGCUUGUCUGUGGACUAUGGAAAGAAGUCAAAGCUUGGAUUCACCAUUUACCCUUCUCCUCAGGUUUCAACUGCAGUUGUGGAGCCUUAUAACAGUGUUCUUUCUACGCAUUCCCUCCUUGAGCACACAGAUGUGGCGGUGCUCUUGGACAAUGAAGCCAUUUAUGAGAUCUGCCGCAGAUCCCUAGACAUUGAGAGGCCAACUUACACCAAUCUGAACCGAUUAAUUUCUCAAAUCAUAUCAUCCUUGACCACUUCCUUAAGGUUUGAUGGAGCCAUUAAUGUGGACGUUACUGAGUUCCAGACUAACCUUGUUCCAUAUCCACGUAUCCAUUUUAUGCUUUCCUCUUAUGCCCCUGUUAUCUCAGCCGAGAAAGCAUAUCAUGAACAGCUAUCAGUUCCUGAGAUCACAAAUGCUGUGUUUGAGCCCUCGAGCAUGAUGGCAAAAUGUGAUCCAAGGCACGGGAAAUAUAUGGCCUGCUGCUUGAUGUACCGUGGAGAUGUUGUUCCCAAGGAUGUUAAUGCUGCUGUCGCCACUAUCAAGACCAAACGGACUGUUCAGUUCGUUGACUGGUGCCCGACUGGCUUCAAAUGCGGUAUCAACUACCAGCCUCCAACAGUGGUACCCGGGGGUGAUCUUGCCCGAGUGCAGCGCGCUGUGUGCAUGAUCAGCAACAACACAGCAGUGGCAGAGGUGUUCUCACGCAUUGAUCACAAGUUCGAUCUCAUGUAUGCGAAGAGGGCAUUUGUUCACUGGUACGUUGGCGAAGGCAUGGAAGAAGGGGAGUUCUCUGAGGCCCGUGAAGAUUUAGCUGCUCUCGAGAAAGAUUACGAGGAAGUUGGUGCUGAAGGCGUGGAUGACGAAGAAGAGGGCGAAGAUUACUGAGGUAAUUCUGCUAGUCAUUUUGUCUGGGAAUGGUUUGGUAAACAUCCGAGGAGGGUUUUGCUCCUCACCCUUUCACACUCUUGUCUAUGUAAUGUUCUAUUUCUUUUCUUGUCCGUGUUAAGAAAUUUGUUAAAAUUGCCUCUUGUUCUGUGUUGUGGUUGAAAAAAUGUUUGUGGUAUGAAAGAAGCUUGAUACCUUUUUCUUUCCUUGGGGUGAUCGACCUCCAUCAUCAUCAUCCCUAUUAAAUCAAUUUCCUGCACUUAAUUCGUUUUA